AUGUCGUCUUUGCCUAAACAACACAACUUCAUCCACACCUCGUCAUCUAGACAGUCUCCCUUCCGCGCCGCCGCUAACACCACCAGCGCGAACCCGUCUACCGCAACCUCACGGCCGCGACCUAUCGGGCAUCUGUCCGACCAGAAACGAAACGAUGCAUCUCACACUCAGCUAGGUGAUAACCCACAACACCACGAUGACCACCACGAACUCGCCCCCGACUACCCCUUCGAAGGCACAGAACAAGCCUACAACGACGACCACGACAACAACAGACCCAAAGCUGCUACCAACUUCAAGCCCUUCUUUACACUGAUCGAAGACGCGAAUUCUUCCGAUUACCAUCACCCGACUGUCCACUACAUCUUCUCUGACGAUGAUGCGGAAUUAAUGACUGAGGCUUCGCUGCGAGUCCUCGAAACGGGUCAGCACAAUGCGACAUCCCCUCCUCCUCCUCCUCCUCCUCCUCCGCGCCACGAUGGGGAAGAAGGACUAGAAUAUGGGGACCAGCAAUCGUCACACCUGGAAAGCAACAGGCCCUCGCUCUUACCGCCGCCGAUACCAGGCGUCAAGGAACGCUUUAUCGUUUUAGAUGUUGAGCAGUCGACCACCGCAAUCGGGAACCCAUCAUCUGCCCCGGACGCCCUUCUCGCCGGAACAUCGGCGGGUACAGGAACAACGGUCGUAUCAACUUCGCCGGCCCAGAGACAACAGCAGCAGCAGCAGCCGUUCGGAUACCGCGUCGUCUCCGCGCAUAGCCUCACGCCAGAUUGGCAGGUUCUCGACGCAUCGCUUAGUCCUGCACCAACGUUCGACAUGCCUACCGGCGAUCAAGCGAGCGUUAGUAACACGCUCAUGCUCCGCAUUGAAGGCACAGGCGGCCAUGCGCGGGAUAUACCCGUUGGAAAGGAUAGGGAAGGACAGCAAACGCUGGAGGAAAUGAUGGAGCAGUUUGAUAAACGGAUGGCGGAGUUGAGGAGGGUUAUUCAGACGGGUGGUGACUAUUCGCCGUUGGGGGUGACGGCGGCUGCUACUCAUGCCGAGGGGGAUGAGGAAGUGGCUCGCGCCGGUGAAGAGGGAGAAGAGAGUCAUGAGGAGGCUGUUGCGAAUGAAUAG